AUGGCCACCGCCAAGAAGACCCCGGUUGCCGCGGCAGCUGCCGUUGUCCUGUUGCUUAUUGCAGCCGCCGCCGUUGGCCAGGCAUGAUUCGGCAGCCCAACGAUUUAUCGGGCCAUGCGCUGCAGGGGUACCCUUUCCUGGGUCAUGUGGUGCGUGCAACAACUACAAAGGCUCCUAUUUCGACUACUAUGGGGGCCAGGUCGCCAGGUUCUACUACGGCUUCAACUGCCAAGGCCCCUACAUCACCGUCGCCAGGGACGCCAGCCGUUGCGUCUCCCCCUACCCAUACAAAAGCAUCCGCAUGCCAUGCCUUCCGUGAGGUGUAUACUGAACUUGCUUCCAGUUAGUGAUGUGAUCGUUUACUAACAUGCCCCCAUAAAUAGAUCAUAUGCAAUAAAGGAGCACGGCAGCCUUCUAGUGCUGAAUAAACGUACUUUAUGUCCUCACGAAAUCACUAGGUUUUAAAACGGCGUCCAAAGCUUUGACAUCUUCGGGAGAUGAAAUCACUCUUUCUUCCGAGUGGCACGCGGCUACAAGUUAAGAGCUAUUAGUUAAAGUAUAGCUUCUAGUUGUAGACAAAACAAGGAUAAUAAAGCGGAUUUAUUACCAAAGUCGCAUCGUUCAUUAUUUCAUUCCAGCGUAAUAAUGCUUCCGCAGCAUGCCCCUAGAAUCGAACUCAAUUUUAUAUUGUAGAACCACGCCUUUUCAUCGUUAAAUGCACCGAAAUAAGAAAUUUGGGAAGAAUAUGCGAAAGAUGGAGAGGGUUCAGGAUUUUACCUUACCACCUUUCGUUGAGAAGAGUUUUCUGGAGAAGUUGAUGAGGCGGGGAAUUUAAGAUCCACAAAGCAAAAGAAACAAACGAAUAAAGGGGGAUUUUGUUAUUAAGCACUCUCUGGCUUAGUGACAAUUUAAGCCACAAGCUGGUGCUGUUUAGCAUCUUCUUCCAGCCAGAACUUUUCGUACUGGUUCGAGUCCAUCAAGGAGUUCAGUUCAUCUUCUUCCGCCAGUUCAUACGGGCUAUUACUAACCUAAAUCAAGAUAACGUGUAGUUACGUUAAUAAUUCACUCUCCUGUUUCCCGCACAAAAGGAUAACCCCCGAGAACAAUCAAAUAGCCAAGUAACCAUCCUCUUUGCCUUCAUGAGGAAUUCAAUGUACACUUAACAGAGACCAUUAAGGAGAGAGGAAAUGAAUGCACACUGUACUAUCCCGAUAUUUAACCAUUAUAGAAGCCCCGGGUUCAUUGUUGAGAUAUAAACUCCCUCUUUUGCAGAGGUUAUUGUACUCUCCCUGUGUUUACUUUUCAAUACUCAGCUUGUAAGGACGAGGAAGCCGGAGUUUACAAACGUAAGAAUCUGCAUGACGAAAAAAAAAAUCAGCUUGCUGUGAUGAGUCUAGUUAAGUUUCAGACAUUUUCUUCAUCAACAGAUUGGUUCUGCAGCAUCCAAUUGAGACGGCUUUUGUGCCCUCUACACUUCACCCGCAAAACAUGAGAGGAGUUGUGGUAAAAAGGUGGAGAAGGGUUUUCAGGCUAUAGCAGUCGACGGGUGCAUGGUGGUUGUUAUAUCCUCACUGGUCAUCCGCAUAAGUGCCUCUUUUCUAAUGACGAUGGAAGGAUCAUAUGGAGAAAUAAGAGUGACAGAAAGGUAAUUCAAAGUAAGGGCGAUUUUAGCAAAGCGCAGAGUUUACUAUCAAAUUCAAGAGUUCGAGCCUUGUGAUUUGAGAGUUUCGGAUAUUCUGUUGAAACAAAUGUGUCACAUGUGAGUAAUACUUAAAUAGAAGAAUACAUGACAACGAAAGGAUACCUACGUUUAUGCCAAAAUAAAAACUUACACGAUGCAAAAAAAAAUUCAGGAUAUCUACUUAACAUGUAGAAAUAGACUAAGUAAAAUCUUCAAGCAGUCUACCAUACAGUCCACUGGAUUAAAGAAAAUCCUGUGAAGGUCCUUUAAGUUCUCUAGUGAAAUGAUUAGCUACGUAACUAACGAUCCUAGCUUUCGUAUUACUUUCCUCCUCCUAGAGAGCGAUCGACAACAUUGUAACAUGAAGACAGAAAUUUUAUAACUAUGUCAAGCAAAGGUACAUCCAAAAUACAUAAUGUAAGAAAAAAAUUAAGAAUCUUGGAUAAGUAUAAAGGCGUUAAUUAUAGCUUAAAUAUCCAGGAUUUCAUACACAUUUUAGUUUCAAGUUGUGUGAUAAUAAUUGCCUGAAAGGUAACAAUGAUGGUUGUCAUUUGGACUAAUGACAGUUAUAAAGGCAGUCACAAAGUACGUUUUCUUAUAGCAAGAGAAUGGUAUUAUUAAUUUAAUGAGAGAGAGAGAGAGAGAGACAAUUUUCGAUAUAUAUAAAGAUUAUUCAUACUAAGAAAGAGCAGAUAUUAAUAUUAAAGAAUACGUUAGCACUUAAUAAGAGAGAGAACUUAAUAUUAAAGAAUAUGAGAACAUUUAAUAAGAUAUAAGAUGUAAUAUUAAAGAUUAAGAGAGAACUUCAAAAGAGAGAGAAUUUAGUAUUAAAUAAGAUGAAAAUUAUUAAUUUCAAUUGCUUUGUUUUCGGAUCUUUAUAGGUCUGAGAAACAGGUUAUUGUUCAAUUAAGGUUUUUGCAAGAUCAAUUUAGCUUGGAUCCAAUAUACCUGGAAUAUAAAUACCAAUAAUGAAAACAUUGACCUUAAAUUCAGUCCCAAAAAAUAAAUCAAAUUAAAAUUAAAUUCAGGCCAAAAAUCAAAAAAACUUCAAAUUAAAUCAAGUCGAAGGAUAAAAUAUAUUUCAAAUUAAAUUCCGGCCCAUUAAUGACUUCAAUUACACUUCUUUUAAACUGAAAUAAAAACCAAAACAAAAUAAAAAACUAUUUCACACUAUUAUUCAAUAUGAAAAAUUCAAACCGAGAUGCCAAUGUUACUAUAUCAGCUUAAAAUGAAGCGAAAAAGUUUAUGACUUUCACGUUAAUAUAUUUUUCAAAUCAAUAGUUACACAAAUGGCUGAAGUACACACAUUUUAGCUAUUAAACAGUUCAACUCAGAGCCAAUAACUCAACUCGCCAGUGUGCUCUGAUGACUCUUCUAAACCUUUAAAAGAAAGAGAUCCAAUUCCUAUCAUUUGACUCUAUAACAACAACCGUUAAGGCCAUGGCUGGCUGGGUGUUAAUUCCCAGUGAGCAGCAUAUCAUGAAUUGAAAAUGAAAGGUGCAGGUUAGGAAAAAUUCUGUCAACUAUGUGAAGAAAAAAACUUUUAACACAUUACCUUCUGUGAGAGCACCCUGGCUCUACUCCCUCACACCAGGCAAUUCUAGAUCUUGGCUGAAUAAAUAGUCUUUGGACAACGAUGACAAUGAUCAAAACUAGACUUGGAGUUAGGUGAGAUCCUACACGCAUCUGGAAGAUUAAUUCAAAUACACAGUAUUGAAUUUUCUUGGCUCAUUCACCCACAUAAUUAUACAUGGUUUACAUGUCUCUGUAUGCCAUCUUUAUCCCUUCUCGUAGGAACUGAUAAAAUAAAUCAGCAUAUUUAAAUAACCAGGAAAUGUUAGAUUAAUAAGAAAUACAUCCGCACCAAAUAUUAAUGUCAUUAGAUCUAGUUUUCUUUUAGUUUAAAUUAUUAGUAAUCUAGAGAUUGAAUAAAUAACUAAAAACAAGAUUUAUGCCGUUAUGAAUAAAAUACUUAAAAAUGAGGAGAUAUGAAUGCUUUAAAUGAGUAUAGCCGAUGAAUUCAGUUAGUAUUCUAAUCAUAAUAAAAUCUUCCAUGACCACAAAUAAGCUGCAUAAUUGCAUGUUGGAAUGCUCUUCACGGUGAGGCAAACACGUGAAGAAGUGAGCUCAGUGGCUUAUUGGGUCAGGCAAUGUUGACGAGAAAAGCCCACGGUGUCACCCCAACAACUUCCUGCUCUAGGCUGAAAGACAUAUACAAAAACUUGGAACAUUUUAGAGAAUUUAAGACGAAAGUAAAGUAAAAUCUAGUGAUAUGCUAAGAAAGAAAAGAGUUCUGAAUGACCUCAUUCUUUUUAGGCUUAAAAAUGGAUGAUAGGAAAGACUAUAAAAUGAUGGGAUUCCCUGCCUGCUGGUUCAGCUAGCGUAUAAUCAUCUGAAUUCCAAUACAUUUGCUUAUCACGAAGGAAAGGAAUCACUCGUAGUGCUAGGGCAGUUAACCAUAGUGUUCGUUCACAAAAGGUUUUCCACAAUUCAUGAAAAUCGAAUAUGAUUCAACCAAUGGUACCAGUGACCAUAAGUUGAGGGCAAUCCUGAUUUCAGAUGACCAGUAGCCACCGAAAUGACUCUAGACUAAGAUUCAAGCAGGAUUGCCAAGGCCAAAUCAAAUUAUUGUUUCAUCAAUAACUUCUUGGAAACAAUACCUUCCAUGGUUCAUGCCAUUUUCUACUGGAGUGUCCCAAUAACUGUGACUUUCCUUCCUUUAAACUAACAGAUGGAAACAACAUCACAAGGUGUACGCAAAAAGUAUCAGAAAUUGCAUGGUUACACAGACAAUUGACAAAGAUUAGGUUAUGCGAUAGCAUGAAGGUUGUCCAGGUAUUUACAGGUAACAUCCCCUGGCAGAUCUAAGCAGGCAAUGCCCUUUCCUGUAAAAGCCACUGAAUUCGUUUGUACUCCUGUCCUCAGAAUCCAAUAGAGGACUGAAUGGAAUCCUGGAAGACAGUCCGCUGGAGGGCACUAAUCUCUUCUGAGUGUGCAAGUUCAACCAAUUCCAACCUUUCUUCAAAAUGGUAGAUAUGGACAUUUACCCAUAAUUAAAGCCUUUCUCAGACUUGAGAUCUUGAAACAGGAAUGGAAACGUCGGCGAGCCCUCAGACUUGAUUCCUUGAUUGGUGUGCCUGUACAGAAAGAAAGUAUGCUUCAGGGAACUCUCCAGCCUGUGCCGCUGAAAACUACAAGCCUGAACACCGUCCCAUUCAGUGGAUCUCCCUUCCACACAGAAACCGUGAACAAAGUAACAGAAAUGCAACAGCAUCCAUCGCACAGCCCUUGGACUGCAUCUUAUCCUGUGACAGCAUCCAUCGCACAGCCCUUGGACUGCAUCUUAUCCUGUGACAGCAUCCAUCGCACAGCCCUUGGACUGCAUCUUAUCCUGUGACAGCAUCCAUCGCACAGCCCUUGGACUGCAUCUUAUCCUAUGACAGCAUCCAUUGCACAGCCCUUGGACUGCAUCUUAUCGCUCAGCUCUAUUGCAGACCUGAGCAUCCGAUGCUGGCAAAGAAAAACUAUGAUGGCAUUAUAAGAAGCCGACCUGGUAUCCCAAUCAUCUGCAAUCAUGUUUCUGAACAAGUCCAAUUGCAAGGAGCCCGCAUACGCAUGAGGCCAAUCAUCACCCGCUGCACGAUGCCAGGAAAUGGCAUUGAGAGGGUAAUGGAAGUGACGUCAUUAGGAAGGUACCCGCCGAGCAACAUAUCCUUGAGGAAAACACAGCUCUUCAAGCUCGCCGGCUUUUGAUGCAUUGCCGAUGAGGAUACUGUGCGUGACGACAUUCGGGACUAAACUUGCAGUACCCUUUGAUCAUUGCAUUGCGGAUGACGAUGCCGUGGGGAAUGCUCUUCUUUCUCAAGAGGCAGAACGGUCUUCUGGUCACCGUUCCUGACGAAACCAUCGAGGAGUGCGCCAUAGAUGAACUCAUCGGGGAGGAUGUUGAAGUUCAGCAUCUCUACCAGCAGGUUCCUUGCAGCGGGGAUCAUCCCCUUCUAGGAAAGCCGGCCCAUCACGCUAUCGAAGAUUGCCACGUCGGGCACCACACCUCGCUCCUGAUCGACAAUCCUGCCUGGAUCUCUCCUGAUGCGAUGAGCCCCCAUGGAUGAGGACGGUAAGGGCAACCCGGCCUCGAGGACGCCCCUUCUCCAUCAUUUCAACAGUAGGUUCCAGGUCGAGAGAACUCCCCCCAGAGACUGUAUCUGUGCACUGAACCACAGAUACAGAAAGCGUCGAUAAGCAUGUUGUGGGUCUCCACACCGGGCUCCAUUCCCCGCCCCCUGAUGUCCUGAGCAGAGCUCUGAUCUCGGCAAAAGUCGGCCCUCUUAGAGAACCCUGCGAUCAUCGUUCCAUAUGGAACCAAGGUGGACAGGAAUCCUUGAAUGUAUCUCCCUGAACAGGUUGCAGGUUUUCUCGACGUCUUCCUUCCUGCAGCAGACAUCCAUCAACUUGUUGUAGAAGACGGCAUUUGGGACGCAACCAGUUCCCCACCUCCCCACCUCCCCUCAUUCAGCUCCAGGGAUUCAUCCGACCUCCCUUGCUGCGGCAAGACCUUCACCAUUAUACCAGUGGAAACGUUAUCGGCCACGCCGUAUCCCUGGAGCAUUUCCUCAGACAUCCUCCGGGCACUCUCGUAGCGGCGACGCAGCACAAGCAAGUUGAGGAGGCCCUUCCAGGCGUUAGUCAGCGCUUUCUCUUCCUCGCCGGUGUCAGAAAAUCCGGCGACGAUGGCGCGGAGAGCUUCGAGGACGGAAAAACAGCGGGAUUGGGCGAGGACUUCCAGGCGUUAGCCUAAUAUAUUACAAUGUUGAUUUUUGGAAUUUUCAUAGACCUAAGGUCUUUGUUCCUAUUAACUAUCUAAAUCUUCUUUUAAUAGUCAUGAAGUGUGAUUUUCUAGUUUGCUUUACACUCAUCAACAAUUAAAGUUCUCUCUUAUCAUCUAAUGUUUAUAACCAAGUACUUGCAUUCCAAGAAAUUGAAAUAUAUUAUGCUUUGUUUCGUCUUCAUCAAUAUUUAACUUAUAUCUAAUUAAAAUUCCAUUCACUACAUAGGAUGUUUUUUUCAUUACCUUAGCCUAAAUGUACUGGGUAGCUUAUUUUCAUGUAAAAUUAUUUUUACAAUUUUCUGUAAAUUUUUAGAAGUAUGUAAUAAUUUAUUCUUCUUUAUCUCAACAAUUUUAUUUUGUUGAGCUGUUCUUGGAGCUUAAAAGUUAAUAUUCUCAAAUUCUCUUCCCUGCUCAUUCCUAAUCUUCUAGAGCAUUGUUCUAAAUUAUUUUCAACUUUCCUUAUAAAUUUUAAGUAGUAUUUUAAUAUUCAGUCUUAGCUAUUAAGAUGAAAUAAUCAAGAAUAUUUAGAAUAAUCAUCACUAUAAUUAAACCAUUAAAUUUUUCUCAUAAGAUGAAAAUUUUAUUUACAUCAAGUAAUCUAAAUGAAUCAUGUGUAAAGAUUUAGUCGAAAAGAUAUGUUCUUUGGUGGUGAUUGUUUGUACUAGUUUGUUUCCCUUGCAUCCAACUGUAAAAUUAAAUUUGUCUAUCUCUAUUAGUUUCGGUAGUCAUUUGAUUAAAUGAAUUUCUGAUGCCAACAAAGGCUUUCUUUGUUAUUUUAUUCAUUAUAACUGUGUGAUAUAUGUGUGGUCUGCCCAUUUCUUUAAGAUCUAAACUAUGAAUAUUAUUUACUCUAAUCACUAGUAAAGAGUAGGUUACUAUUUGAAUCAUUAAAUAGUAAUUUAAUGUGAUCAUCACGAAUGGACUUACAUUAUCAACAAGUAAAAUAUUUUUAACGAAGGUAUGAUCUUUGGAAGAAAUAUUUUCAUGCUAAAAUAUAUUUCCCUUUGUAAUGCCUCCAAAUCUUAUCUCUCUUCUGUCCAUUUAUUUGAAUAAAGAAAGUUAUCCUUAAUUUUAACAAAAACACUCAUCCUUGAUCUCUAUUAUCCAAAUACAACUACGAUGUAGUUUCACUAUAGUUGUUUUUGAAAAUAUUAUUUCAAUUUUUAUUUUAGGAACCAAAAAUUAUUUUUCAUUUAACUAUCUCCUUGAAUACCAAUACGUGACUUAUUUUGGUGUUAAAUUCAAUUGUAACAUGUAUUUUAGUUGAUCUAAGGUUAAAUUAUAAUCAGUUAUUCCCUAUGCAAUAUUUUUAACUUCUAAAUUACAUAUGUAAUUUCUUCUCAACACCACAUGAUUUAUUAUAGAAUGUAACUCAUUAUUGGAUCAGAUGAAUACCUUCUAGAUCUUUGGUCCUUGGCCAGUUCAAUACUUUCUAUUUUAUUUCAAACAGUUUUACUUUAUAUUAGUGAACCAUUAAACUGUUGAAGUUCAUUGACCGUAGGUACAGAAGAUUCUUCAAGAAAUCUUUCUUGGUCUCUCUCAGUUUCUUUAACAUUUUCAAGUUGUCUUGGAUUUUCCUAAAUUUUUCUGUAGACAUGUAUUUUGCCGCUCGUGUCUCACAUAAUCCUGUCGUUUCACGGAAGUUGCCGCUCGAGAAUAAUCAAUGCCGAACUCUCUUCGAUUCUCACCCGGGCCGGCCUUGAUCGCCUUUGAAGGCGCCGAGCAGGCUCUUCACGCCGCGGAAGACUGUUCUUCGCCAAUGGGUACUGCUAUUCUCUCCCCUGGAAGGCCCCACUUCGCCUCUCCACGCUCGAAUCCCGUCUUCAUUUAGAUGGGAGAGGCCUCCCAGCGCUUCCCCGUUUAUCCGCCGAUUCGUUGCUUGAUCAGCAGGUCUUCAGCGUAUCCGCUCAACCAACUGCUAGCGGUGCGGAUCCACUCCACACGAAAGGAACAGAAGAGCUUGGGAGGGGGUCACAAACGAGCUCGGAAGGGUAAGUAACAGCCAGCUGCCUAUCGUUUCGAUGGCGUUGGCGAUAUUACAGAAGGAAAUCCUGAGGUACGUCGAAUAUGUCAUGAUUUGAGCCAGUUAGAAAGUUAUAAUGAAGUUAAUAAUCCUUUAAUAUGGGUGGUUGCACCGGCAUCGACUGUUGCUGCUUAUUUAUUGCCCAUAAGUUUCUGUACCAUUUAUCGCAGUUACGGACGUCAAAGAUUUUCACUACUAUAAGAAACAGGAGACUAGGACGAAAAUAGGUAACUGGAGACGGGGACACCACCGCCAUAGUAACCUCAGAGUCGAAUAGCACUACUAAAAAACUUGAACGUACUCAAAAUAGGAGGGCACAAGCAGAUGUGGGGACUGGAAGGGAAUAAUGAACGACUUUCCACGAGCAGCGUGACAGACAUUUCAAUCCUUCCUUGGGCUCCGCAUCUUCUGGGUGAUGGGAACGGACGAAAAGGUCAGCGAGAAAAUGAUACAAUGACCUGUUCGCCAAACGUUAAAUGAGACUAACGAGUGCCCUACUAUUCACGUCUACCCCUGAUGGCGAAAUCCGUCGACACUUUCAACGAUUCGCGUACUAUAAACAGCACGGAUCAGGCACAGGGGACAGCAGCUCAUCAUCCUCGACGAGCAACCCCUCCUGACGUGCCCCGAUCCUCAGAUUCUCGAGUCCGGCCGUGGCUCCGUGAAGGAUAUGGCGACCGCCAGGAAGAGCCCGGUCACCGCGGCAGCUGCCGUUCUCCUGUUGCUUAUCGUAGCCGCCGCCGUUGGCCCGGCGUCAGCCAGCACCCUAACGCUUUACGGCUUGCUCGGCUGCAGGCGACCCAUACCUGGGCGAUGUGGUGUGUGCUACAACAUAGGCCCCCUCUACAAAGGCUACUUCUUCAACUACUUCGGGGGCCAGUGCGGCAGGUUCUACUACGGGUUCAACUGCCAAGGCCGCUACGACGUCAUCUGCCGGAGCAUCCGCUGCUGCCAGACCCCCUGCCGAUAUAAAAGCGUUUUUAUACCAUGCUAGCCCUGAGGUGUCUACGGAACUGGCUUCCGGUUAGUGCUCUACUCGUGUACUAAUGGGCCCCCAUAAAUAAAUCCUAUAAAAUAAAGGAGCACGGCAGCCUUCUUUUGCUGAAUAAACGUACUUUCUGUCCAAACGAAAUCACUAGGUGUCAACGCGACAUCCAAAGCUUUGGGAUCGUCUUCGGUACAGGAAAUCACUCUUUCUUCUUCGAUUCUAAGGGGAAUCCCGUCCAAUCAUUCUGUCCCAUCUCAAACACACACGUAAAGAGAUACAGAUAUUUGCCCAGGGUUUUCACGGCAGAAGAUACUUUUUCUAUUUCCUUGACAGGGUUUUCUAUUCGUUCCUGUUGGAUUAACAAGUGGGGCAAGAUCACCGUGAAAAAAGAUAGACCCAAUAUUUAACCAUUAUAGAAGCCCCAGGUUUAUUGUGUUAUCGCAUGUGAAGAAUAUUUAAACAAGAUCACAUACAAAUUAUGAGAGCAGGAGGAUACCUACAUCAAUGCCCAAGUAAAAAGUUAAACGAUGCAAACAAAUAUCGAAGGAUAUCUACUUAACGUAUUGAUGUAGACCAAGUAAUAUCUGUAGGCAAUAUAGCAUACAGUCCACUGAAUGAAAGAAAACGUUAUGAAGGACCAUUCAGUUCUCUGGUGAAGCGAUCAGCGUCUGUCACUAACCAAGGUAGCUUUCAUUUUACUUUCCUCGUAGAGAGUGAUUGGCAACAGUGUAAUAUGAAGACAGAAAUUUAAUACUUAAAUCAGCCAAAGGUACAUUCAAAAUACCAUAUUUCAGAAAUAAAUUAAAAAUCCUGAAUAUAUACAAAGGCAUUAACUAUCGCAUUAAAUAUUCGGGAUUUUGUUCAAGUUUUAGUCAAUAAGUCAUGCAAUAAUAAUGGUCUGGGACGAGUGGCAGUUGCAAACGAAGUCACAAUGUCAACGUUUUUUUUCGUAGCUAGGGAGAGAGAUACUAUUAAUUUAAUAAGAAAGAGAGAUAUAUGAAAAUUAAUAUAACGAUAAUCCGUAUUGAGAAAGAAAGAUAUUCAUACUAAAGGAUAAGACAGCACUGAAUAAGAGGGAAAAUAUAAUAUUAAAGAAUACGAGAUAAAUAAUUUAGUAAUAGAAAACAAGACAGCAUUUAAAAAGAGGGAUAAUUUAAUAUUCAAUAAUACGGUGGUUAUUUAUUUCGGGCGCUUUAUUUUCGAAUGUUUAUGGGCUCGAGAAAUAGGCUAUUGUUCAGUAAUAACUUUGAUGAGACUCAUUUACCUUGGAUCCAAUACGCCUAAAAAAUAAGGCCCAAUAAUCAAAUAAGUUCACAUUAAAUUCAGGCCCGAAAAUGAAAUCCAUUUAAACUUCAAUACAGACCAAUAAUAAAAUCUUUUUGAACUUCAAUCAGCCCAACAAUAAAAUCAAUUUCAAAUUUAAUUCAGACCCAAUAAUUACAUCAAUUACAUUUCUGUUAAACGGAAAUAAACCAAGACAAAAUACAAAAAUAAUCCACACUAUUAUUCAAUAUGAAAUAUUCAAAUCUUAAUGCCUAAAUUAUUAUAUCAUCUUAAAAUUAAAUAGUGAUAGAUAUUGAUGAUUUUCAUAUUAAUAUACUUUUCAAAUCAAUACUUAAACUAAAGACUAAAGUACAACCAGUUUAGCUAUUUAACUGCUGAACUAAGAGCCGGAAACGGAAUUCUCCUCCGUGCUCUUAUGACUCUUCUGAAUCUUUAAAAAUAGAUCUAAUUCAUCUCCUUUGAAUCCAUUACAAUAACGCUUGAGGCUAUGGCUUGCCUGCUGUUGCCUCGUGAGUAGUAUAUCAUGAACUGAAAAUGAAAGGUACAUGCUGGGAAAAAUUCUGUCAACUCCAUGAAGAGAAAAACUUUAAGCACGUUACCUUCUCUGAGAGCACCCCCGGCUCUCAUCCUUCCUCACAUCAGGUAAUUCUGGAUCUUCGCAGAAAAAAUAAUCUUCAGGUGAUGAUGCCAACAAUCUAAAGUCCCAUCCUCAAAGCAAUAUGACAGCACAUCAAUAUUUAUAUCCGCAGAUUUUAGGGGGCAGGAGAUUUAGAUAUGGAGUCCGGUGAGGUCAUACAUGCAUCAUGAAGAUUAAAGUAAAAUAAAUUUAUCGAAUUUAUCAGGUUCAUUCGCCCACAUAAAUUUUACAUGGUUCACAGGUCGCUGUAGGCCGUUGACGUCCCUCCUGUAGAAAACUUAUAAAAUAAAUCAGCACAAUUAAAUAACCUUCAAAUACCUAAUUAAUAAGAAAUACAUGCACGCCAACGUACUAAAGUCAUUGGAUCUAGUAUUCUUUUAUUUUAGAUAAUUAGUUAUUUAUAGAUUGAAUAAAUAAUUAAACGUAAGGUUUUAUGGACGUUAUGACCAAAACUUUUAAAAUGAGGAAAAAUGAAUGUUUUGCAAGAGUGUAGCAGAUGAAUUUAGUUAGAAUUUUAAUCAUAAUAAAAACUUCUAGGGUUACAAAUGUGUUACAUAACUACAAGCUGGAACGCCCUUCACGGUGAAACAAGCGCGUGGAGGAGAGAGCUCAGUUGCAUAUUCAAGCAAGAAAUUCUGACAAGUAAAAUGGCCAAUGUGUCACCUCAACAUCCCCCUGCUCUAGGUUGAAACACAAAUAGAGAAGCCCAGGAAAUUUUAGAAAGUAUAAGAUCCAAGUGAAGUAUGUAUAAGAGCAUUUGCCGUAAGGCAUAAUCCUGGAGCCCAAUCUGUUUUUAGGGUUUGGAGUGCUGGUCUUCAACGACGUCAAUCUUAUGAUAUGCGGAGAAAGAAAAGAGUCCAAAAUGACUCUCUCUUUGGUUUUAGGGUUCAAAAUGGUAGAUACGAAAGACUAUAAAUGGUGGGCUUCCUUGCCUCCAGUUUUAGCCGCCGCUUAAUGAUGUGUAUUCUAGCACAUUUUCUUAUCAAGAAAGGAAAGGUAUCAUUCAUUGAGCUAUGGCGGUUAACCCAGGGUUCUAUCAGAAAAGUUUUAAGUCAAAUCAGGAAAACAGAAUACAAAUCGACAGCUGCUACUUGAUGAAGAGCAAUCCUGAUAUGGAUGAAGAGGCACUUUCCUACUACUUGAUGGCAGUCGCUGAAAAACUAUCAAGUUAGAUACAAGAGAUUCUCCGUCAACAAGAAUUGCCAAAGCUAAAUUGAAUCAUUGUUCCAUCAAUAACUCCUUGGCAACAAUAUCUUCUAUGGUUCAUGCCACUUUUUACCAUAACGCCUCAAUAACAGUGAGUUCCUUCCUAUUAACACACAGAUGGAAAUAAAAUCACAAGGUGUACGCAAAAAGUGUCAGAAAUUACCUGGUUAGACAUGCAAUUGACAAAGAUUAGGUUAUGAGAUACCACAAAGGUUGUUCAAGCACUUAUAGGUAACAUCGCCUGGCAGAUCUAAGCAUGCGAUAUCAAAACGGGGAAAUGCCCUGUCCUGUAUGACCCUCUGAACUCCGCUUGUAUUCCAGUCCUCACGAUCCAAUUGAGGACCUAAUGAAAAUCUGGGAGACAAAGUCCCCUGGAGUGCACCAUUCUCUUCUGAGUGUGCAAGUUCAACCAAUUUCAACCCUUCUACAAUGUGGUAAGUAUGGUCAUUGGCCCAUAUUUCAACCCUUUCUCAGACUUGAGAUGUUCAAGCAGAUGCUGCUGAAAAUUAAAAGCAAGAACACCAUCCACACAAAAACCAUGAAGAAGAGAAAUGUGACAGCAUCCAUCACACAGCCCUUGGCCUGCAUCUUAUCCCUCAGUGCAGACUUGAGCAUCCGAUGCUGGCAGAGAAACGAAGUGAUGGAAUUAUAAGCAGCCAACCAGGGAUCCCAACCAUCUGCAAUCAUGCUUCUGAGCUUCUCAAACAGCGAGCCCAUGUGCCCAUAACGCCCAUUUUCACCGACAGUUGAAAGGCAGGAAGCAGCAUGGACAAGCCCCAUUGAGAAGGUAAUAGAAGGCUAAUCUUCACGAUUCCGGUGGAGACUCAAACUUAUUUCAGGUAAUGGUGGUCUGUUAUAAGGCGUCGACAUUUCUGUUGUGUUCCCUAAGUUGACCAUCUCUAGUUCUUCCAUUAGGUCCUAAGCCUUGACGACCCGACAGCUUCUGUUCCUCUUCACUCUGUUCCGGUGAUAACAGGCCAACCAUCCCAUUUCACAAUUCUGAGCCGCUGUCAGUUGACAGGUUAACAGUCCCAAAGAGACCAUUUGGGCCGCUCCUCAGGGAUCUCUUACCAUGUGAGAGGGGCGUAGUGGCUAGUACCCCAACAAGAAGCAGAAUAGUCUUCUUGCCUCAGUGAGGUCACUGAUCCUGACAAACCAAUCGAGGAGAGCGGCAUAGAUGAACUCAUCCGGGAGGAUGUUGAGGUUCAACAUCUCUACCAGCUGAUCCCUUGCAGCAGGGACCAUCCUCUUCGUGCAGAGUCCACUGACCAACUGCGUUGGGUGCCAUGCCUCAAUCCAUCAUCUUCCCCCUGAUCGACAUUCCCACCUGAAUCUUUCCUAAAUUAACAAGCCCAUGGCUGAGAGCACAGCAGCCAACCUGAUCUGGAGGAUGCCCCUGAUCUUCAUUUAGAUGGGAGAGGCCUCCCAGCGCUUCCACCUUUAUCCUCCGAUCCGUUGCUUUAUCCGCAGGUCUUCAGCCUAUCCGCCCAAUCAACUCUAGCGAUGCGGAUCGCUCCAAAACAAAGGAUCUGAAGAGCUUGGGAGGGGGCCACAAACAAGCUCAAAACGGUAAGUGACAGCCAGCUGCCUAUCGUUUCGAUGGCGUUGACGAUAUACGGAAGGAAAUCGCGAGGUACUUCGAAUAUGGCAUGAUUUGAGCCAGUUAGAAAGUUAUAAUGAAGUCAAUAACCGUUAAAUAGGGUUGUUGCACCCGCAUCGACUGUUGCUGCUUAUUUAUUGCCCAUAAGUUUCUGUACCAUUUAUCGCAGUUACGGACGUCAAAGAUUUUCCCUACUAUAUGAAACAAGAGACUAGGACGAAAAUAGGUAACUGGAGACGAGGACGCCACCACCAUAGUAACCUCAGAAUCGAAUCGCAUUACUUCUAAGAAUAUUACACUAUGAAAUUGUCCGUACUUGAACGUACCAAAAAUAGGAGGGCACAAGCAGAUGUGAGGACUGGAAGGGAACAAUGAACGACUUUCCACGAGCAGCGUGACAAACAUUUCAGUCCUUCCUUGGGCUCCGUAUCUUCUGGGUGAUGGGAGCGGACGAAAAGGUCAGCGAGAAAAUGAUACAAUGACCUGUUCGCCAAACGUUCAAUGAGACUAACGAGUGCCCUACUAUUCACGUCUACCCCUGAUGGCGAAAUCCGUUGACACUUUCAACUACGCGCGAACUAUAAAUAGCACGGAUCGAGCACGGGGGGACAGCUGCUCAUCACCGCUCGACGAGCAAUCCCGCCUGACGUUCCCCAAUCCACAGAUUCUUGAGUCCGGCCGUGGCCUCGUGAAGGAUAUGGCCACCGCCAGGAAGACCCCGGUCGCCGCGACAGCUGCCGUUCUCCUGUUGCUUAUCGCAGCCGCUGCCCUUGCCCCGGCGUCAGCCAGCAGGCUAACGAUUUACCGGUCGCUGGGCUGCAGGCGACCACUGGCUGGGCUAUGUAGUGUGUGCUACAGUUUCGGCCCCGUCUUCAAAGGCUACUUCUUCAACUACUUCGGGGGCCAAGUCGCCAGGUUCUACCCUCGGUUCGACUGCAAAGGCCCCUACAUCACCGUCGCCAGCAACGCCCGCCGUUGCUACCCACCCUUCCUAUAUAGAAGCAUCCGCAUGCCAUGCCUUACUUGA